AUAACCAAAGGCGUUCAUUUGCAGACGUCCGAUCUGCGUUGUGUUAUCUUUUAUUUCUCUUACAGUUGUGCCAUUGCAGUUGAAUUAAAACUUAGCAACAAUGAGUGACGAUGAGAAAGAUUUCUCCAAGCGGGAAUCCCGUACGGCCUCUAGGAGUGCAAGUCCUAGAAGAUCUUGUAAGUCAGCCAGUCGCUCCCCAGAUCAUUCACCUGCUCCGUCAAAAGAGGGUUCCCACCAUACUCGCUCCAAGUCCCGUUCUCGCUCCAGGUCCAAGACAAGAUCUCGUUCUCAUCGGAGUUCCCGCAGACACUACACUCGUUCCCCCUCGUGCUCCCAUUCCCGCCGGAGACGUUCACGCAGUCGCUCCGACAGCAGUGAAUACCGUCACUCUCCUAUGUCAAACCGCAGACGUCAUGUUGGUGACCGGGCAAACCCAGACCCAAACUGCUGCCUGGGAGUUUUUGGACUGAGCCUUUACACCACAGAGAGGGACUUGAGAGAGGUUUUUUCCAAGUAUGGCCCUUUGAGUGAUGUUUCCAUUGUGUACGACCAGCAUUCUCGGCGUUCCAGGGGGUUUGCUUUUGUCUACUUUGAAAACAGAGAAGAUUCGAAGGAGGCUAAAGAGCGUGCAAAUGGUAUGGAACUAGAUGGCCGCAGAAUCAGAGUGGACUACUCUAUUACAAAGAGACCACAUACUCCUACUCCUGGAAUUUAUAUGGGCCAACCAACAUAUGGUGGAGGCCCAAGUGUAAGCAGCAGACGCCGUGAUUACGGUGAACGUGGUUAUGACCGGGGGGGAUAUGAUCGCUAUGAAGACCGUGACCACUACAACAGGUCAUACAAGAGAAGGUCCCCCUCUCCCUACUAUGGCCGAGGUCAGUACAGGUCAAGAUCACGCUCUCGCUCCUACUCCCCACGUCACUACUGAAAAUUUGAGUCCUCUCACCCUACCUGGAUGUGAUGAUGAAAUUGACAACAUAGAUUUUUAGUUCUGGUGGCCUGGACAUUGAAUCUACUUCCAACUCGAUCCUUUCUUUUUCUUGUGUCCUUGAUCAGUCUGAAUAUUUCAGUAGUUGGCAAAAUAUUUUUGCUCUGUUUUUUUUUAUUUUUGAUGUGAUGCUGAAGUUCUUGCGUUUAUUUUAUAAUGUGAUGGUUUAUGACUCCUUACAUCUCAUUAUAUUUUUACACAUUUUAAGCUUAGCAGUGGUCUUGCAAUAAACUGUUUUAUAC